CACAAAAUUCACAAUGGGCUCCAGCCAAAAAAGGAAGAAGGAGAAGAAAAAGGACUUUCAGAAACCAAAACUGAAAGUCGGCAAAGAGAAGCCCAAAGCUUCGAAUUUUACAGACACGAGUUUCAAAUCCAAAUCUAUCGUUCUCAACCAACAGUCUCUCUCCACAAUCGCACCCUCUGCAACGUCGCAGUUUUCUCAUUCUCUCUCACUUCUGAACUCCAAGUCAGAUACCCAGCGGAAAGAGUCGCUGGCUAACUUAACGACUGCAAUUGUUUCUCGUCCAGUCAACUCACCAUUGCCCCAGCCUGUCAGUGUGAUGUUGCCAUCAUUGCUUCCGUUGAUCUUAGAUGGUAGCAACGGGGUGCGGUCCCAGCUGCUAAAGCUGCUAAGAGCGCUUCCAGGGACAGACAUUGAAGGCUAUGCAUCAUUAUUGCUCCCAUAUAUCCGUGCGGGAAUGACACAUCUUGCCGCUGGUAUCCGGCUCUCCGCGAUAGAGAUACUUUCCUGGCUGCUAUCGGUUGCAGCCCAAGAAGUUGUCUCCUGUGCCGGAGGAUGGGUUAAAACUCUCAACUGCUUCCUCUCGGUUCUUGGCUGGCAUACAGAAGAGUCCGCAAAAUGGUCUUCAAACAGAGCAUCGUUUGGAAAAGCUGGUAGCGACGGGAAACCAAUAGCUACAAUACUACAGACCUUCGCCGAUUUUCUGCGUGCCGGAAUUUGUGCUUUAGAUUCGACGGAUGGGGCGGAACAAGGCGAUAAUAACUUGUCCAGUGUUCCCUUUCCCCUUUUCCAUACAUCACAACAUCUUUUGCCUACGAAGUCCUCUGCCUUUGCUUAUCUCAACCUAUUUGGCCGACCAAAGGAUGAGGAGGGAGAAAUGUAUGAGUCUCGUGAAGAUAGAUUGAGAAUCUUUGUUGAGAGAUUCAAGCAACCAGUGCAACGAGGAAUCGACACAGCCAAGAAAGAUGGCGGUGAAAUCGGACGUGCUUCAGCUAGUGUCAGCAAGGUUCUGAAGGAAUCUAGAAAUCAGCAAGCUCCAUCAUGA